UGAACUUGGAUAAAUCAGCCAUAUACUUCAGUAAAAACACACCCCAAAGCAUUCAAACCCAAAUAUGCCACACUCUCCUUGGUAUCACUGCUCAAACCCAUACCAAAUACCUUGGCCUUCCAUUGGGUAUUGGCAAUUCCAAAAUUGGAACUUUCUCCUUCCUUGAAGAAUCAGUGAAAAAUAGAAUUUCAAACUGGAAAACUAAGUUUCUUUCAUUUGCAGGCAAAGAAGUUCUAUUGAGGUCUGUGCUUAAUGCUCUACCCUUAUAUGCUAUGUCUUUCUUCCUU